AGUUAGGCCCGGUGUGUUUAUUGUGGAGUUGAAAAGGCGUUGAUCACGGCGUUAAUCAACUACUCCCUCUUUACCUUCCUUUGUUUUAAGAUCUCAAUCAACCCAAAUAAUAUGCAAUCAAUAGUUUCUUCUCAUCACCUUUGUCUUCCUCCACCUGUCCUUAACCACAGUCUUAUCUGCCACCGUGUUCCUUCGAUCCGCCUCCCAAGCCAUCGUUCUACUUCUACCACAUCCCUCCGCCUCUUCAACUGCGCAGCGAGUCGGGAGAGUGAAAUAAUGGCACCAGCAGGUAAAGAAGAUGGGCAAGAUCCGAGAAUCCCUAAGAUCGCCUCUUCCAUUAGAGUCAUCCCUGACUUCCCUAAACCAGGGAUCAUGUUUCAGGACAUAACCACGCUUCUUCUCGACACGGAGGCGUUUAGGGAUACUAUUGAUAUUUUUGUUGAACGAUACAAAGGCAAAGACAUUUCUGUUGUUGCAGGUGUUGAAGCAAGAGGUUUCAUUUUUGGCCCUCCUAUUGCCUUGGCUAUUGGUGCCAAGUUUGUACCCAUGAGGAAGCCCAAGAAGCUACCUGGGGAAGUUAUAUCUGUGGAGUAUUCAUUGGAGUAUGGAACAGACACGAUGGAGAUGCAUGUAGGUGCAGUAGAGCCUGGUGAACGUGCUAUCGUCAUAGAUGACCUCAUUGCCACUGGUGGGACUCUCGCUGCUGCAAUCCGACUACUUGAGCGGGUAGGAGUGGAGAUAGUGGAGUGUGCAUGCGUGAUUGAGUUACCAGAGCUUAAGGGAAGGGAGAAACUAGGAGAGGCGCCACUAUUUAUUCUUGUAACCUCGGAUGCUGCCUAAACAAGAAUAAAGCCCCUUUAGAAAAAGGAAAAUGGAGGGUGGUUUAUUGGAGUUUAUCAAAAAAAUGUGACUUUUCUUUGUGUUCUUCCUUUGGUUUAAUGUGAGUUUAUCAUAACUGGCUCGGACUAUAAAGGUUGUGGCAUUCCCGCAUGCCAGGAUUUGAUUGUGUGUUUUCCAUCCAAAAUAAAGUUCGAAUUAAUUGCA